GUCAGGUUCCCUAUCCAUAAGUUAUUGGUUUGAUGCGGUAAGAGUCUGGAUUUUUGCACCCUAUGAUAUGCAUAUAAGGAAUACAAACGAAACAGCGCGAAUUUCUUUACGUGAAAUUCACCUUAAUUUCCCCGAUGAAUCCGUCUCAUGUUGGCUCAGGGAAAGAAUGGGUCACACCUCAUAAAGUGUCCCUUGCUGUCUUAGUUACUGUGUUUGCUGAGAAGGAGUUUAACGAGAAAUGUCCUGUUGCAAUGUCACCGGUCUUGGUGACCGGAUCGGGGCAAAAUACGGGUACGGACGAGGAGUCAUUUGCACCGUGGCCGGCAGCUUCAACUGGUGGGUCGGAUGCGAAGGAAUCACCGGUUGAGGGUGGAGGUGAGCUCAGUGCAAGUAGUGUAAGACCGGGUGCAACUGCUGCAACAGGCUGGAGUGUUAUGGUCAGCCGAAAUUUCGCACUCUCGAUGUUAAAAUGGAUCCAGAGCUCUGAUAUGGAAUUUCAAGAUCUGCUGAUGGGAGUGAAGGAAAUCGAUGAAGAACUGAGCAAAGAUUUGAUAGAAAUGUUGAGUUCUAUCAACACUUCAGGACUUUCUGCACUGGCUGAUUUUAUCCAAUCUCUGGAUAAACUACUUGAUAGUAAUAAUGGUCAAUCACCUGUCCAUCGACACAGUGUGCUUGGUAUUUUCAUUCGGCGUAUGGUGCUCUCCUAUGACAAACUCUCCUUUGACCAGGUGUCCAGUUUGUUUAAAAGUCUCAAGGUAUACCUUAGUGGUCUGGAUGGACACUUGACCGAAGAUGAGAGAAGCAAAGCCAUGAUGGACAUCAGUGUAGUGGACGAUGGAGGAACAAUGACUACCGAGGAGUUAGAAAGGACCAGACCUGCAAAUCGACAAACAAAAAGGGUGGGUACAUUGCACCUGCCAUCAGAACAAACCUUCACACACCAGCAGGCAGAGGUGUUCAUUGCACAGCAGGCUCGUCUACUUCAAAACGAAGAGCCAGGGGCUCUUAGUCCAAGCAGGCUACAAUAUGAGAUAACGGCUUUAAAAGAGACUAACCCUGAUCUGCCGGAAACACAUUUUCUCUCCUAUUUAAACUCUCUGCGGUUGAGUGAGUUCUGUGGUGCUACACGCAGUCUCCAUAGUUACUUUGAUCGUCUGUUGCCCAAAACCAAUGAUACAAACAGCAAUAGAGAUGAAGGAACUAGUAGAAGCUUCCGCUAUGCUGCCCUCAAUCUGGCAGGUCUACACUGCACUUUUGGUCACAGGGAGGAAGCGUUGUUAGCGCUGAAAGAAGCAAUCCGGAUUGCACAUGAGAGUAACGACAAUAUCUGCCUUCAACAUGCACUGAGUUGGUUAUACAGACUUCAAAAGAUGAAAGGGGAGGAUGUUUCUCAUCUUCUAGAUCGCUCCAUCUUACGUUCAGAUGCUUUGAAUCUGCCGUAUCUGACAUCUCUGGGUAUUCAGCAUUUUUCUCAACACAAAGGUCUCAGCUCUGUCGAUCCUGCCAGUGUCUUUGAAUACCUGACUAAAAGUGAUGUCCUGAACUGCAAACACAACCAGCCACAACUGGUUCAAACCAGUCUGGCUCAGCAAAGUGCCCUCUGGCAGAUGUACGGACACAGGACAAUGUCCUCCCACUGUGACCAGCUACUUCUUCAUCUCAGUCAUCAAGAUCUCCCCGGUGGAGCGUCUAAUAACUGCUUGAUCACUAAAGACAGCGAAGUUAUUUGUCUUGCUAUGUAUAACCAAGCUCGUCUCCAUGCUGAACAAGGAAUGUAUGCUGCUGCUCAAGACAUCCUGAAGCUGGCUAAAGACAGAUUUCCAUUCCUCUCAAGACAUGCAAAGUUGUGGAUGGAAUGUGAACAGAAGUUGUUAUUUGACAAAGCCAUACUACAAGGGAAAUGGCCUCAAGCUGAACAAGCCAUUUUGAACUUGUCACCUUUGAAUGAGACUGACGCCCUCUUUAGACGAGCAAUUCUGUUAAAGAAACAAGGGCAGACAUCUGCUGCUUUUGACAUCAUCAAUGACAUCCUCGGUGAAUGCAGAGACAAAAUAGACGGGUAUACCACAGAGCUUCAUGUAUGGACUCUAAUUGAGUUAUCAGAGCUGCAUUCAUCCACCUCCAAUCACACUCAAGCAAUCCCGCACCUGUUGCAGGCCUUGGCACUAUGUAAGACUCACCAUCUCUCAUCACUGUAUACCAAGGCAAUGGCAUGUCUUGCACAAGUUCAGCUAAUGAUGAAGAUGCACAAACAUGCUCUAACCCUAGUGGAUGGAAUCAUGCCCCAAGUUCUUGCAAGUGGUACUUUAUAUGACCAAUGCUGUGUUAAGUUCCUGUAUGCAAAAUGCCAAGUCGCCUGCUCUUCAUCUUCCACAGAUGCUGGCAAUAGAAAAACAGUCUUACUAUCGGUGGUGCAACUUCUUCAAGACACUGCGGAUGGAUACCACUCUAUGGAGGCAGAGUAUCGAGUCAAAGAUGUCAUCUAUCUUCAAGCUCAUCUGUACAAUGAAUUGGGUUAUACAUCUGAACGCAACAAGUGUGCCCUUAAGUUCCGCCAGCUUGAUCAGCAGUAUCCCACAUCUGUGUUCCCACCCACAUCAACAUUAUAACCUAUCCUAUCAGCCAACGUUAUUGAUCUCAUUUGAACAAAAAUAUAGGGUUUUUUUUCUUUCUCCACAGGCCAGUAAAAUAUGGCUUUGUAAAAACAGGUUAUCAACCAAAAUAUCAUGUAAUGUGUUUGUGGUUGGGUCCCUGCAAAUAUCUGCUAAACAAAUACCUUUUGUUUUGAAAUAUUUCUUCUGGCCAGUUGUUGUGGCCGAUAGAUAAAACACUUUGAGUUUAUUUAGACAAAACUUUGUGACAGCCUAAGCCCACUCAAAACAAAGUUUAGUAUUUAUAUAAAUAAUUGCUUACACUGUGUGUGUGUAGCUCAGCUCAAAAACAUAUUCUUAAACACUCUGUCACAUGUACCAUUGUGACUGUUAUCCUCAAUUAAGCUUGGCAGUAAUUUGCUAAGCAUAUUUUUUGCUUAAGCAGCUGUAUAAUAAUGGGCUCUGGUCUUGUCAUUGCUUAUUAUUUUUCGCAAAACAGACGGGUUUAAAAAACAUUUGUUGAGAAUAUUUAUGCGCAAUAAAAUAAUUUUUGUGGAGUU